UAUAAUCAAUUAGCCAAGCAGCUGUCCUGCUAUUCAACAAAAGAGCGCAGUCUCCGUUUUAACCCGGUUAAGUAACUUUACGACGCUCCCUAAUUACCAAACCGACCUUUGCCCCCUCUCUGCUGCACACUGCUGUACUGUAGCAUGCGGAGUGUAAUAACAGCGGGACUGUGCGCAUUGAAACAGCGACACUUUAUUACAGACGUGCUCACACAGUUGCCGAGGUUUGCAGGAAUUGCAGCUCGUCGAAACAUGUCGUCGUCUCUAGCUAAGCGGCCGGUUUCCCUGCUCGGGACGAUGGCGUUUGGCGGCCGAGCCGACGCCGGCCAGAGCCUGGAGAUGGUGCAGGCGUUCCUGGCGAGGGGACACAACCAGGUGGACACAGCCUUCAUGUACGCGGACGGGAAGUCAGAGGUCGUCAUAGGAGGCAUGAAGCUUCCUAAAUCAGUGAGCAUAGCUACAAAGGCUAACCCCUGGGAUGGGAAGACGCUGAAGCCAGAGAGUGUACGCUCCCAGCUGGAAACCUCCCUUCAGAGACUGGGGACUGAUUGUGUAGACCUUUUCUACCUCCAUGCCCCUGACCACAACAAUCCCAUCCAGGAUACUCUCAGGGCCUGUAAUGAACUCCACAAAGAGGGAAAAUUCAAGGAGUUUGGUUUAUCAAACUAUGCAUCCUGGGAAGUUGCUGAAAUAGUGUGCAUCUGUAGACACAACAACUGGAUCGUCCCCACUGUCUAUCAGGGGAUGUACAAUGCCACUACCAGACAGGUUGAGACAGAGCUGCUGCCAUGUCUGAGAUACCAUGGAAUGAGGUUCUAUGCAUAUAAUCCUCUAGCAGGUGGCCUUCUGACUGGAAAGUAUCAUUAUCAAGAUAAAGAUGGAUCCCAGCCUGCAGGACGAUUCUUUGGUAACAACUGGGCCGCAGCAUACAGAGACAGAUACUGGAAUCAGAGUCAUUUUGAGGCGAUCGAGGUGGUUCUGAAAGCCUUGGAGACAGUGUACGGAUCAGACAAACCCACUCUGACUUCUGCUGCUAUGCGCUGGAUGUACCACCACUCAAAACUGAAGGGUGAUCUUGGAGAUGGAGUCAUUAUUGGCAUGUCGAGCAUGGAACAACUUCAGCAAAACUUGACGUGUGCAGAGGAGGGUCCUCUGGAUGAGAGAGUGGUCAACGCCUUCAAUGAAGCCUGGAAUCUUGUGGCCCAUGAAUGUCCAAACUACUUCCGCUAAAAUCUCCAUAACAGACCAUACAGAUGUUACGCACGUUUAUACAGAGAUAAGAUCUGCUGAAGGCCAUUUCCCCUUAGUUACCUACUUUUUAAUUUAAUUAAAUUUACUUUACACUUUCUUAUGAAUGAAUACACUGGAGACCGUUAAUGCAUAAGAGUACUUCAUCCUUAAUGUAUAAAUGUAAACAAUGAGAAUUUGAUAUUUUUACAAGAAUAAAAUAACCUUUUCUGGAGUCAGCUUUAAACAAAUGGACAUUAAAAGUAACAUUUA